CUCUCACUAUAUGCGAACUUUGAGGGAAUAUAUGUACGUAUACUUAGUGGUUCAAUUCAAACGCCCGCUUUGUAAGAAAGUAGUAGUAAUUUAGUGAUGAUCCCUAAACUAAACAGCGCGUCAUCUGACUGCACAGCGACAGUCCAGCAAAAGCGAGUGUUUAGACUUGAGCUUGCAGCGACAAUCUGAUCGAUCAUGACGACUCACGAGUUUUUUGUUGACAUGACAUGUGAGGGAUGCUCUGGUGCGGUCACUCGAGUGCUUAAAAAGCUGGAUGUCAAGUUUGACAUUGAUCUGCCCAACAAGAAGGUGUUCAUUGAGUCAGACAAAGACACGGAUGUCCUUCUGGAAACACUGAAAAAGACUGGCAAAGCUGUGACCUACAUCGGUCCAAAAUGAAAUAUUAUACUUUAAAAACUCUUAAGGUCAGAAUCGUGCUGCUUUGAAGAUUAUGAAGUGGGACUCCCUCAUUGGACCGUACAUCGCUCAUCAGAUGAAUUAUUACAUAUCUUUGGGACCACUGAAGGAAAUCUGUUCACCAGAGCAUCAUGAAGAGCAGCUACCAGGCUGAUUUAUAUAUAGUCUGUAUUAUGAGAAUGUUGAAAUCUAAUCGUUUAUAAUGUGGUUGUUUUCAUGCCACACAUACUUGUAAUUGUAUAAGUGUCUAGAUGUUAAAAUAAAGGUUCCUGUAUUCACUGAGA